UUCUUGCUUAUCUUAUCGGGCUAUGAGCAAAACUGAAAGCAGAUUUGGUGGGGGAAAUUUUCCAUCGACGCAUUACCAUGGAUCGACCCAUUGCUUGAUAAUUUUGCCCCGCCAAUUUAUUAUUCCAAGACAGCAAAGACUUGAAUUGCGCCGGGAGAGAUUUUGCUACAAAAAAAAAAACCACCCUCAUUUCUCAGACUGAAGAUCAUCUCUCCAAAAAUGGCUUCAAGCUCACAAUCUCCAGAUGAAUGCCAAAACGCGUUCGAGCGAGGCGUCGCCCUCUCGCUGCAUCUGUGGGAGGACAUGACGUUUGCCGUGCAGAACAACAUGGGAGGCGGCGACUCGGCCGACAAGCGCGACUGGACCGCCGCAGCCGUGGCCGAGCUGUUCCCCAACAUCCCCGACGUCGUCAAGUUCAACAACGCCCAGGCCUCGUCCUCGGCGCCCGCAAAGUCGCCCUUCCCGACCCCGGACGACCUCGUCUCGGACGUCGAGGAGCGCCUGCUCGACAUCAUGAUGGAGGAGUUCGAGACAGCAGUGCAGGAUGACACGGCAUACGACGUGGCUGAGCAGAUCGUGCAGCUGUGGACGCAGUGUUGCAAGGGAUCGGUCGCAGAGGUGGACAAGCUCGCCGAGAGGUGGCAGGCCAAAAAGGGCAAGGCCGUCGUGUUCAAAAAGGUUGAGGAUGCCGACCAGGACACCGACUGGGACGAUACGGAUGGAGACGACGAUGACGACGACGACGAAGAUGACGAAGCACCUGCACUCGUGGAGAAGCGAGAGAAACCGCCCCCAGAGGUUGAUGAGGAUGGUUUCACCAAGGUCACAAGGAAAAAGUGAUUUGAGAUGCCCUGAAUUUCAAGUUAAAACGGAUGUCGAGCAGGGAGAGGGAUAGAGGGGGUCAUUGCCAUGGUUAACCUCCCGAGUUCUCUGUCUUGGCAACAGAGCGCUCUACAUGACCAUCCAUACUCAACUGGUGCGCGCGGCAACAAGGUGCAAGCAAGCGAAAAUAUACCCAACAAAUACGAUGCUCAACAAAAUUACGAAGCCCCGUAUAACGCCAAAUAACCGGACAAGCCCUCAGUUCGGGCUAGAAUACAGCGUCCUUUGGGAAGAUUACUCCCAGUCCUCUUCAUCGCUCUCAUCAGCCUUCUUCGGGUCCUUGGGGCUGUUUGGAGCCUGGCUGGGCACACCUGAUGCUGCACCGACAACGUCGUAGCUGGCUUCACUGUCUGCCUGCGACUUGACGUCGAGCUCGUUGGACUUCCGCCGGUCGCCCGGGGUCUUGGACUUGAUGGCGGGUUGUGUGGGUUGGGGCGGUACAUUGAUGGUGGUAGACGAACUGGUUGAGCCCGGACGUUCAGUCUUGGUAGCAUCGGCGGCUGAUGUCUUGCUUUGAACUGCGGGGGUUUCCUCGUCCUCCGAGUCUUCGUCCCAGCCAACUUCCUCCUCGGUGGAUGCAGCUGUGCGACGGUAUAAAUGUUCAGUACAUAUAUACAUAUAUCGCAGACCGAAAAUGUCAUGAUAGGAGCAUUAUUCAACGUACCUUUGAGCAGAUCCCGG